GUUGUCGGUCUGACGGUAGCCAUUACUUUUGCUUACUUCAGUAUAGUAAAUGCUUCAAUGUAAAUAAACUGAAGCCUAGAAAUUAUAUUGGAAUAUGAAGUUUUCGAUAUAAAUUGAAAUUGAAUUGGUACAUACCACAGUAAUUUAUAGAUUAAGCUAUUGAAGAAUUGUAUAGUUAUCAUUAUCGUUUAAAAUGGAAAUUAUUGAGCUUGUCUCAGAUGAUGAAACGCAGGGGGAUAAAGUAAAAAGAAGUAGUGGUUCCAAAAUUUGUAAAAGUAAUUGUAUAAACUUUCAAUGCUCCUCUGGGAUGGAUAUGAAGUCUGCACCUUCGUUUGCAUGUGCUUUUUAUGGAGUGAAUGCAGAAAAGAAGAAAGAGCGCAAAAUUUGUAAAAAAUGUUUUGAUGCCGCGUUAGAUCAUCAAAAGCAAUUAGUAUCAGCUUUUGUGGAUCAUAAACCAUUAUUAAAAUGUGAAUUUCCUGAUCAUACAAUGGAAGUAGAAAUUUCUGAUAGUGAUGAUUCAGAUGAUGAAAAAAAGAAAGACACAUAUACCGAAGAAAAAUAUUUACCAGAAGAAAUGCUUCUAAAUAUGGAGGAAAUGUUAGAUAAUACAUUAACAAAUAUUUUUACAAAAUAUGAUGUUGACUAUCAAAUCAAGGAAGCGCACACAAUGUUAGAUGAUCAGUGGAAUAAAAUAAAUGAGGAAAAUGAAGUUCUGGAUAAAACAGUUAAAGAUUUAAUGGGUACUAUGGAUAUAUUGCGUAAUAGGUUAUAUGACGAAUUUAGACCACAAAUUCAAAUGCUUCAAGAACUUCAGAUAGAGGACGAAUAUGUGGAUAAUAACCUUUAUCCAUUAGUAGCAACAAAAAGAGUUACACAAAUGCGAUUCCCAUCUGCUGUAUUACUACAAGACAGUCAACCUGAAAUUCUACCAAUUGAACAAGAACACAAACAAGUAGCGGCUGUGAAUUUACCUCCAAUGGGUGUACUUGUAAAACGACCAAUAGAUGUAGAUAGCACUGUGUACAUUAUGAAGCAUCCACUCAUGCCUUGGGUCAAAGGAAAAGUACAAACUGUAAUUUCAAGGAGUCCUUGCCAAUAUCGCGUAAAAUUGUUGCAAAAAAAGUAUAAUUCUGUUAUUAAGUCCGUAGUUGGUAGGCAAAUUGCAGUUGCUGCAAUCAGUUCGGUACUAAUUCCAGUUGGUACACGAGUAGUUGCAAUAUUUCAAGAUGUUUCAUCUAGCAAUUUUUAUAGCGGAGUUAUAGCUGAGCCACCGAAAGCUAUAAACAAAUAUAGAUACUUGGUAUUUUUUGAUGAUGGAUACGCUCAGUAUGUUGAACAUAGACACAUUUAUUUAGUUGCCGAAUCUUCUUCGAAAGUUUGGGAAGAUAUACCUAAUGAAUCUCGAGAUUUUGUGAAAAAGUAUAUUCAAACGUAUCCCGAAAGGCCGAUGGUAAAGUUACAGAAAGGGCAAGUAGUAAAAACAGAAUGGAAUGGUAAAUGGUGGGUUGCAAGGGUAGUUCAAGUUGAUGCGAGUUUAGUGCAAAUGCAUUUUGAUGCUGAUGGUAGAACAGAAUGGAUUUAUAGAGGUUCUGCUAGAUUAGGCCCUUUAUACCUUGAACUUCUAAAAGCCAAUGCCAGGCAGCAAGGACAUCAUGCAUCUGUUAAUACACCAAGUCGACAUCGACUUCCUGCUAUCUCUAAUAAAAGUAAUUUACCUUAUGUGGAAUAUACAUCUGAUAUGGAACAUGAAGAGGGAAGAAUUGCUGAGACAGGAAAAGAACAAAAUGAAACAAACGAAACUUCAACCACGUUCACCUCGAGUGCACCACAGCAAUCGCGUGCUGUUGCUAGAAAAAGUACUAGUAAGAGGCAAACUGUUACAGAUACAAAUACGUAUAAUCCAACUACAGAAACGAAACCUUCGCACAGCAUAGUUUAUUAUCAAACGCAGAACAAAAUUCAAACAAAAAAAUUCGUUCCGCACAAAUGUGGUCCUCAGUGUGUUCAAGGUAUAUCCUUUACACCUGACGACUUAAGAGGAUAUUCACCUCUCUCGAUACCAUUACUCUGUGGGUGGAAUCGGCAACUUUGUAAAUAUCCGAAAGGCAAAAAGAUUACGUUAUAUCAAGCACCGUGUGGUGUUAGAUUACGGAAUAUGGAGGAACUGCAUCAGUACCUUCGUAGAACAGGUAGUCCAAUGUCGGUUGAUUUGUUUGAUUUCGAUUAUUGGGUACAUUGUUUGGCGGAGUUUGUAUUGGAUAAAUGUUUUAUUAACAUAAAGGAUCUUAGUUAUGGUGUAGAAAAUGUACCAAUACCAUGUGUCAAUGAAUUAGAUCACACUCAACCAGACACUAUUAGAUACAGUACACAAAGAGAGCCAACAGAAGGAGUUAAUCUUAAUUUAGAUCCAAAUUUUCUAUGUAGCUGUGAUUGUGAAGAUGAUUGUCAAGACAAAACAAAAUGUCAGUGUUGGCAAUUAACGAUACAAGGUGCAACGCUUGGAGGAAGAGUACCAAACACGUCUGUUGGUUACGUGUAUAAACGGUUACCGGAACCAGUGACUACUGGAAUUUAUGAAUGUAAUUCAGGAUGUAAAUGUGCUGUAAAAACUUGUUUAAACAGAGUAGUGCAACAUCCAUUGACCCUAAAAUUACAAGUAUUUAAAACGGCUCCACGAGGUUGGGGUAUACGUUGCUUGAACGAUAUUCCUCUUGGAUCUUUUAUUUGUAUAUAUGCUGGUAGAUUGCUUACAGAACAGGGAGCCAAUGAAGGUGGUAAAAAUUAUGGAGAUGAAUAUCUUGCAGAAUUGGAUUACGUUGAAGUAGUAGAAGGAAUUAAGGAAGGUUAUGAGAGCGAUGUCCUUGAACCGGAAAUGCCGGUGUCUACUUCAGAAAAAAAUAAAUCCGCGACAAGUGACGAUGAAGAUAAUUCAAAAAACAAUACUAAUGAUUCGGACGAAGAUUUCAAUAUUAGUAAAUACGUGAAUUUUGAUGUAGAUUCUACGGAAUCUUCUUCUAUUAGAAAAAGGCUUCGAAAACGAAAACGUGACGAAAACAAUCAAGACGUGUCAGAAGAAAAUAGCGAGGACGGAAGUGGUACAAGGACUUCUGACAGUAGUACAAAGUUGUCUGCCAAUGAAAAUCGUUUAAAUGAUCAAGAAGCAAUCACUAUUAGUGACGAAGAAGAAACCAGAAGUGGUAGACGAGAACCAAGUAGAUUUGAACCAACAGUGGAACCAACCCAAAUAGAAAGACCUAAAUUUAAAUCUGUAAGAGACUUCUUUGGGGAAGAUGAGGCUGUUUAUAUAAUGGAUGCUAAAACAACUGGAAAUAUUGGCCGUUAUUUAAAUCAUUCGUGCGAUCCAAAUGUUUUUGUACAAAAUGUGUUUGUUGACACACAUGAUCUGAGGUUUCCGUGGGUAGCAUUUUUCGCAUUAAAUUAUAUACGAGCGGGUCAGGAAUUAACAUGGAAUUAUAGUUACGAUGUUGGAAGUAUACCGGGUAAAGUUAUCAUAUGUAAGUGUGGUGCAUCUAAUUGUAGAGGUCGACUUUUAUAA